AUGUCCAGGUCACGGUCAGACAAACAGCUAAGGUCAGUGGCAGCUCGCUCACAAAGGGAGUUGGAGAGCCUAGCAGAGGAGGAGAGUGUGGAGACAGGUUCUGACGGCACGUCUUCUGCAAAAUCUGAGGAGAAAAGCAAUGGAUUGAAAGUAGUGAAAGGGACAGAUCAAGGGAAUCCAGGUAACCAGGAUUUUAAAUCUGGCACUGAAAUGGAUGCUAACGUCUUUCAGCCGUGUGACAAGAAAAGCUUCACAGCAGUUAAAAUGCCACCAGGUAUUUAAGAGUCUAUCCCACGAACGCAAGUGGAUAGGAGGAAAACGAGUCCAUAUUUUUCAAGUAAAUACAGUAAAGAAGCUCCCAGCCCACCUAGAAGGAAGGCCUUCAGAAAAUGGACUCCGCCACGUUCUCCUUUUAAUCUGGUCCAAGAAACGCUUUUCCAUGAUCCAUGGAAACUUCUCAUUGCAACGAUAUUUCUCAAUAAAACUUCAGGUAAAAUGGCAAUUCCUGUGCUCUGGGAGUUCUUUAAGAAGUAUCCUUCUCCUGAAAUAACCAGGACGGCAGACUGGAAAGAAAUGUCAGAACUGCUCAAACCUCUCGGCCUUUACGAACUCAGAGCGAAAACGAUCAUCAAGUUCUCAGAUGAGUACCUGAACAAGCGGUGGAAGUACCCUAUUGAGCUGCACGGGAUUGGGAAGUAUGGGAACGACUCCUACAGGAUCUUCUGUGUCAACGAAUGGAAGGAGGUGCAGCCACAGGACCACAAGUUAAAUGUGUACCACACGUGGCUCUGGGAGAACCGGGAGAGGCUGAGCAUAGACUGAGAAAAGCCG